AUGAGUGAUGCCCUAAGGGCGUCUAUUGCUGCAGCCGUUACUGCUGCUCGUCAAUUCCAGAGUAACAAUAACGAAAGUAAUGCCUCUUCGUUGGAUUCUCAUCUGGGGAAAUUGAUCCAAUUAACGAAUAUUUUGGAUUCAGCAGCCAGAUUAAGUAUACAUGAUCGUCAGUUAUGCGAGCUGCUUCGUCACUGUUCGGUGUUAUUGAAUGAUGCUUCCACAUCGGCAAUUACUCGUUCCCAUUUGCAUCUUCUUCUUUUUAAUUUAGCUUUUCACAAUAUCUCGGUCAGAAGGUACCUAGCAGGAGAUAAUUUACAAAUUUGUGGAUCAGUUUUUGAAUGCCUGAAGCUAUCACUGCGAGACCAACUUGGUCCACAGAACCUUAUAGACGUAUUGCGAUUACUUCAGGUACUCACCUAUGAACAAAAUGUAGUGCUUGGAAUAUGGACGAAUGAUCUUAUUUCAUUUCUUUUAAGCGAAGUGACUUGUGAUGAUGAACCGGACUGGCUUCCUUAUUGUAUAGCCAUACUAUGUAAUCUUGCUACUCGAUCAAAAUCAGCUUGUUUAAGAAUACGCAAAUCGUCAUCCUAUAAGGCCUUCACCCACAAAUUGCUGAAAUUGUUAGCUCAUGACUCGCGAACUGUGGUUAUUUCAUCUCUUGUACUUGUCGGUUUUUUGGAAGAAAAACUUCGUGACACGAUAUUUUGUUCUCGAAAUAUACCUCAAACAUUCCGCUGUGUUUUCAACGUCUUAAUUCUGGGAGACCAUCUGAUGACGCGGCACAUCGCUAUUGAUUUACUGAAGCGAUUAAUCAUCAACGACUCUUCUGGUGUAUCAUCAUUCCCAACAGUUACAUCUGCAGGCAAAGACCUUGCUUCCUAUUCAUAUUUCGAAAAUACGAUUCAACUUGUUGCAGGGCUUUUUGUUCAAAUUGAUCCUUGCACUGAAGAAUCACUCAAAGUAUACGAUUUAUUUUUGUCAUUUUGUUCGAUAGUACAAUUACGAUCAGCAACUACUCGAGCUGUUUUGCGUUGCUCAUCAUGCAAAGAAAGAUUAACAACGCCAGUUCUAGCUAUUUACAACGCAUCUAUUUUGUCCUUCAGUGAAGCCAUUCAGCCCGAUAUCCCCUUGAAGGCUAUGCGUCUUCUCAUUUAUCUGCUGCAGGAACUGGUCGAAAACGACGGCCAUGUACAGGAUGUUUUGCCCGCUGAACAUAUUUUACGGCUUAUUGAAAAUACCACAAAAACAGCGAUUGAAACAGUCAGCAACAUUGUGAAAUUUCAGUGUCAAAGAAUAACUGAGGGGUUACAUCUCGCCGAAACGGUUUUAAAUGAUGAUGAAAUAAGAAUUCCUUUACUGGAAGUUGUCACUGCCCCGCUUUGUUCUCACAUCAUCGAAUCACAAAUGAUCUCAAAUACUGUUGUUACCUGUGUAGGACAAUCUGCAAUGCAGUAUGGUGGAUCUUUACCGGAAUGGUGUAUCGAUAGCGUAGCAGUCGUUUUGAAACUGCUGAGAGUUCUGGCCGUACUAAAGGAUUAUUCAAAGUCGCACGAAGAUUUGUAUUGGAAAAUACUAAAGGAUAACCGCCUAGUGCCAUUCAUUGCAUAUGCAGUCGCUGAUGGUGGUAUCGACCUGACACAUGAAGCUUUACUUCUUUUCACACACUGUGUACAAAGUUACACUUUUCCCACGAAAUGGUUGGGAGAUUUGAUAGCAAGCUGUCGUAGAGAAAAGGCUAUGACAACUAAUAUAGCAAGGAACUGCUUAUCCUGCGGCUCCUCCGAAAUUAGUUUAAAUGGUGAUGCUGAUGGUUUCUCAACGGAUGGUAAGAAAAUACCCAGUGAUUGUUUGGCAAAUAAAAGUGAAACUACAAAACAAGUCACCGAUCUAUCAGAUAAAUUACGGCGAAGGAAUGACCUCAAAGAUUCUCGAGUGUCGCAGUUAUUAAGUAUGUAUGAAACGGAAGUACAAGCUUUGAAGAUUCGAGAAAGGGAAUUAGAGGAAAUGGUAGCGAAGAUGGAAGAUUUACUGCGUCGUAAUGAACACCUUCAAAAUUUGCGUGACAAGGAAGACAGUGAUAAUGAGAUGAUAAAUCUUCAAAAAUCGGUUGCUGACUGCGAAAAAAAGAUCGCAGAUUUGAACGCGCUCCUAACUUCUCUCUACUCAGAAAAGAAAGAAACGGAAGAAAUGUGUGAGGCUUAUAAAAAAAUGGUGGAGGAUAAAAAGAUAGAAGUAGCUAUGCUCAGUGAUCAACUUGAAAAAAUGAUGCAAGAAAAAAAUAUUUUACAAGAAGAAAAUAGAAGUGAAAGAGAGCUUGCUACACUAACGAAGAGUCGUUACGACGAACUGAGGAAAAAAUUUGCCCAUGCAUCAGAUGCGUUGAUUGAUAAGGACAAAGAAUGUAUUCAACUUGCCGAUGAAUUUAAAGUCUUGGAGCUAAAUCUGAUAGCUAAAAAAGCCGAAAAUUGCGAGAUGGCUGAAAAUUUGAAGUAUGCACAGAGAAAAUUGGAGGAAAUAACGAAUGCUAAAGACUCUGAAGUGGGACGUUUGCAAAAUCUGCUGGAUGAGAAAGGUGAAGAAAUUGGACGUCUCAACAAGGAGUUACAAAAGGUUUUGAAGUUCAAAGACCAGAUGAUGCAGAUGAUGAAUGAGAUUUAA